AUGGCGGGAACUGAAAUUGUGAUUCACAGGGACGACAUCAUCAAAGAAGGCUUUCUUGUUAAGCAGUCCAAGCACAUGAAGGAAUGGAGAAGGCGCUGGUUUGUCUUGACGCCGCAGUAUCUCUGCAGCUUUAAGUCUCAGGGUGAGUACAGGAAUCCCACCGAGCACAUAAGGUUGGCGGAGUGUUCGACUGUCAAAUCAGCAGAUGAGGAUACUGGAAAGGAGAAUUCUUUCCGCGUGGACACACCUGCACGUGUCUUCUACUUGAUUGCAGACUCUUCAUCAGACAAGGAGUCUUGGAUUGGUCAUAUCGGCCGCCAGAUGGUUCGGCCGGCUGUACUUAUGGACGACCACAACUUCGAGUGA